GAUCCUCUGCUGUGGGUUAGAUAUACAGCCAAGGCCAGUUCCUCUCAGUGAAAGUAUGCUCUAUUUUUGCCUCUCUUUUCUUAUACAAGCACAAGGGUUUUUAAGAAAUUAAGAUCUGUAGUUCUUGUUGCUUUUCCUCGUUACCGUGGUAGCAUGUAUCUCUGUUGCGGAAGAAUGAAGCAGGCAGGCUGGAGUUUUUUAUGUUCAGUGCUUUUGGGACUGCUAGAGAGAAGUCCACAGAGAGAUGUGUACAGCAACCAUGCCCAGUGAGUUUAUUAUGCUUAUUGGUCACUUAUUCUGACUAAAAGGAUGAAAGAAUGAUGUGAUGGAGGUGACUAUGGGCUGCUGGUCAGGCACAAGACCCCCAUUGUCUUGCCUCACCCUCCUGCUUGUCAAGCUUUUAGCCUGCGUUUGCCAGGGGCUUCAAGGGACAAUACCUCUCAGCUUUCACUUUACGCAUUCCAUUUACAAUGCUACAGUGUAUGAGAACUCUGCAGCCAGGACCUAUGUCAACAGUCCAAGUAGAAUGGGCAUUACAUUGGCAGAUCUUUCAUGGGAUAUCAAAUACAGGAUAGUGUCUGGUGAUGAAGAAGGCUUUUUCAAAGCAGAGGAAGUUAUAAUUGCUGACUUCUGCUUUCUCAGAAUAAGAACUAAAGGUGGGAAUUCUGCUAUAUUAAACAGAGAAAUCCAAGAUAACUAUUUAUUGAUAGUAAAAGGAUCCGUCAGAGGAGAGGACUUAGAAGGAUGGACAAAAGUGAAUAUCCAGGUUUUGGAUAUGAAUGAUCUAAGACCUUUGUUUUCACCAACCACUUACUCUGUAACAGUAGCAGAAAGCACUCCUUUAAGGACUAGUAUUGCGCAGGUGACAGCAACAGAUGCAGAUAUUGGGUCCAAUGGCGAAUUCUAUUACUACUUCAAAAACAAAGUUGAUCUCUUUUCAGUUCACCCAACUAGCGGCGUUAUCUCUUUAAGUGGCCGGUUAAACUACGAUGAAAAAAACAGAUAUGACCUUGAAGUUCUGGCUGUGGACCGUGGGAUGAAACUUUAUGGAAAUAAUGGAGUAAGCAGCACUGCCAAGCUUUAUGUUCAUAUUGAACGUAUAAACGAACACGCCCCAGCCAUAAGUGUGGUAACCCACAUACCCUUUCCAUUAGACAAGGAGCCUACAUAUGCUGUUAUUAAUAUUGAUGACCUAGAUGAAGGAGCUAAUGGGGAGAUUGAAUCUGUUUCCAUUGUAGCUGGAGACCCCUUAGAACAGUUCUUUCUGGCUAAGGAGGGGAAAUGGAUUAAUGAAUACAAAAUCAAAGAGAGAAAACCCAUUGACUGGGACAACUUCCCCUAUGGUUACAAUCUUACUCUUCAAGCAAAGGACAAAGGGUCUCCUCAGAAGUUUUCUGCAGUCAAAUUGGUCCACAUCGCUAGUCCCAAGAGAGAGAGUGUCCCAGUAAAGUUUGAAAAGGAAGUUUAUGAUGUGUCAAUCAGUGAAUUUUCCCCUCCUGGAGUGGUGGUAGUUAUAGUUAAGUUGGUGCCUGAACCACAGGGUGUGGAAUAUAUAAUAUCUCCUAAUCAGGAUGCUGAAUAUUUUAAGAUUAAUCCCAGGACAGGUCUUAUUAUCACCGCUCGCCCUUUAAAAAUCAUUGAGAAGGAACUCUAUGAGUUAGAAGUAGUAAACAAAGGUGGCGAUUUAAAAGCACAAGUUAUUGUCAGGUUAGAAGACGCCAAUGAUCAUACUCCAGAGUUCACACAGCCUUCGUACAGCUCCUUUGUCAAUGAAAGUGUUCCUGUAGGAACCAAUGUUUUGUCAGUUUCAGCAUUUGACAAGGACAGGGGAGAAAAUGGAUAUAUAACAUAUAGUAUUGCCAGUCUGAAUUCACUGCCCUUUACUAUAAAUCAGUUUACUGGUGUUAUUAGCACCUCUGAAGAACUGGAUUUUGAGUCUUCUCCAGAGAGCUACAGGUUCAUUGUCAGAGCCUCUGAUUGGGGUUCGCCCUACCGUCAUGAAAAUGAGGUUAAUGUCACUGUAUACAUAGGCAAUGUCAACGAUAACAAGCCGUUGUUUGAGAAAGUGGCUUGUCAGGGAAUGAUUUCAUCUGACUUUCCCAUUGGUGGUCACAUCACUGCUGUAUCUGCAAUAGAUAUAGAUGAGCUAGAACUAGUGAAAUACAAAAUAAUCUCUGGAAAUGAUCUUGGGAUUUUUUAUUUAAAUCCUGACUCUGGCGUGCUGCAACUUAAAAAGUCUCUUGUUAAUUCUGGUAUAAAGAACAGCAAUUUCGGCCUUAGGAUCACAGCUACGGAUGGAGAGAAUUUUGCUGAUGCCAUGUUCAUUAACAUUUCAGUAGUACAUGGGAAAGUGUCUUCAAAGACCUUUAGCUGUAGAGAGACUAGAGUUGCUCAGAAGCUGGCAGAGAAAUUGCUCAAGAAGGCAAAAGCAAAUGUGAAGCUGAAUUUGGAAGAUGGCUUCCUUGAUUUUUAUUCAGUUAACAGACAAGCUCCACACUUUGAUAAAUCCUUUCCCUCUGAUGUAGCGGUUAGAGAGGACUUUACAGUUGGUGCUAGCAUCCUGAAAAUAAAAGCUUAUGAUGCGGACUCUGGAUUUAAUGGGAAGGUGGUCUAUACAAUUUCUGAUGGUAAUACAGAUAGUUGCUUUAACAUUGACAUGGAAACAGGGCUUCUUAAAGUUCUUAUGCCCAUGGACCGAGAGAAAACAGAGCUGUAUCUCCUUAACAUUACAAUUUAUGAUUUAGGUGAUCCCCAGAAAUCUACAUGGAGACUAUUGACUGUAACUGUAGAGGAUGCAAAUGAUAACAGACCUGUUUUUUUACAGGAUAGUUACUCAGUUAAUAUUUUAGAAAGCAUAAGUAUUGGUACAGAAAUGAUCCAAGUAGAAGCUAGAGAUAAAGAUCUAGGAUCUAGUGGUGAAGUGACUUACUCAAUAUUGACAGACACGCAGCAGUUUGCCAUCAAUAGUUCUACUGGAGUAGUUUAUGUGGCUGACCAGCUAGACAGGGAAUUGAAAGCAAACUAUACACUCAAGAUAGAGGCCAGGGACAAAGCUGAGAUUGGCUAUCAGCAAUUUUCUGUUGUUCCUCUGAAGGUUUUUUUGGAUGAUGUGAAUGAUUGUUCUCCAGCUUUCAUACCAUCUAGCUACAGUGUGAAGGUCCUUGAAGAUCUGCCAGUUGGCACUGUAAUAGCUUGGCUAGAAACUCACGACACAGAUCUUGGUUUGGGAGGUCAAGUGCGUUACUCUUUGGUGAACGAUUACAAUGGACGAUUUGAAAUAGACAAAACUAGCGGCACCAUUCGCUUGAACAAAGAACUCGAUUACGAGAAACAGCAGUUCUAUAAUCUGACUGUGCGUGCAAAAGACAAAGGACGUCCAGUUUCCCUCUCUUCCGUUUCUUUUGUAGAGGUUGAAGUGGUGGAUGUUAAUGAAAAUCUCUACGCUCCUUAUUUUCCUGACUUUGCAGUCAUUGGAACUGUAAAGGAAAACUCCCGCACUGGAACAAGUGUGUUGCAAGUGACAGCUCAGGAUGAAGACUCUGGAAGAGAUGGGGAGAUUCAGUAUUCCAUCAGGGAUGGCAGUGGCCUUGGAAGAUUUAGCAUAGAUGAAGAAACCGGAGUUAUCUAUACUGCAGAUGUCCUUGACCGAGAGACAACCAAAUCCUAUUGGCUAACCGUGUAUGCGACUGAUCGUGGUGUCGUCCCACUCUAUGCCACCAUCGAGGUCUAUGUUGAAGUGGAAGAUGUGAAUGACAAUGCCCCUUUGACCUCUGAACCCAUUUAUUAUCCGGCUGUCAUGGAAAACUCCCCUAAGGAUGUAUCUGUCAUUCAGAUCCAGGCCCAAGAUCCCGACUCCAGCAGCAGUGAAAAACUGACAUACAGGAUUACGAGUGGAAACCCUCAGAACUUCUUCGCUAUCAAUCCAAAAACAGGUCUGAUUAUCACAACAUCAAGAAAAUUGGAUCGAGAGCAACAGGCAGAGCAUUUUCUCGAGGUGACGGUCACAGAUGGAGGCGUCUCUCCCAAGCAAUCUACUGUUUGGGUGGUGGUUCAAGUUCUGGAUGAAAAUGAUAACAAGCCUCAGUUUCCAGAGAAAGUCUAUCAGAUCAAGUUGCCUGAGAGGGACCGCAAGAAAAGAGGGGAGCCAAUCUACAGAGCUUUUGCAUUUGACAAAGAUGAAGGACCGAAUGCAGAAAUUUCCUACAGCAUCGUGGAUGGAAAUGAUGAUGGAAAAUUUUUUAUUGACCCUAAAACCGGGAUGGUUUCUUCCAGAAAGCAAUUCACAGCAGGGAACUAUGACAUCUUAACAAUAAAAGCAGUGGACAAUGGACGACCCCAGAAGUCUUCAACUGCGCGCCUCCAUAUUGAGUGGAUUAAGAAACCCAUACCCUCACCCGUAUCACUGACUUUUGAUGAGCCCUUCUACAACUUCACUGUCAUGGAAAGCGAUAAAGUGACAGAAAUUGUGGGAGUGGUCUCUGUGCAACCCGCUAACAUACCUUUGUGGUUUGAUGUAGUCGGUGGCAAGCAUGCUCGAGAGAUGUUCUAUAUUCUACAGACAGCUUGUGGGCAGAACUGUUCAACAGAAGGAGGGAAUUUCGAUAGUUCUUUCGACGCUGAGAAGGGUGUGGGCACUAUUGUCAUUGCAAAGCCCUUGGAUGCAGAGCAGAGGUCAAUAUAUAACAUGAGUGUGGAGGUCACCGAUGGAACAAAUGUUGCAACCACUCAGGUUCUUAUCAAAGUAUUGGAUAACAAUGAUAAUGGCCCGGAAUUCUCUCACCCAAGUUACGAUGUCACAAUUUCGGAGGACAUUCUCCCUGAUACUGAGAUACUGCAGGUUGACGCUAUAGACAGAGACGAGAAACACAAGUUGAGCUACACUGUUCACAGCAGCAUUGACUCUGUCAGCAUGAGAAAAUUCAGAAUUGACCCCAGCACUGGGGUACUAUACACUGCCGAGAGAUUAGACCAUGAAGCUCAAGAUAAGCACAUCCUUAAUGUAAUGGUUCGAGAUCAGGAGUUUCCUUAUAGAAGAAACCUGGCCAGAGUCAUCAUAAAUGUGGAAGAUUCCAAUGAUCACAGUCCCUACUUCACCAGUCCUUUGUAUGAAGCUUCGGUGUAUGAGUCAGCAGCUAUUGGAUCUGCUGUUUUGCAGGUCACUGCUUUGGAUAAAGACAAAGGAGAAAACGCAGAGCUUAUCUACACUAUAGAAGCAGGAAACACUGGGAACACGUUCAAGAUUGAACCAGUUUUAGGCAUCAUCACAGUAUUGAAAGAGCCGGACUUGACAACAAUGGGACAGUUUGUUUUGUCAGUCAAAGUAACUGAUCAAGGUUCGCCACCACUGUCUGCAACAGCAAUUGUACGCAUUUCUGUGACCAUGUCAGAUAAUUCCCAUCCAAAGUUCACACACAAGGAAUAUCAAGCAGAAGUUAAUGAAAAUGUUGAUAUUGGAACUUCAGUCAUUUUGAUCUCUGCAAUCAGUCAGUCUACAUUAGUUUAUGAGGUCAAGGAUGGGAAUGUGGAUGGAGCCUUUACUAUAAACCCAUAUUCUGGAGUCAUCACCAGUCAAAAGCCACUUGAUUAUGAACGCACUUCCUCUUACCAGCUCAUUGUUCAAGCAACUAACAUGGCAGGCAUGGCAUCAAAUGCCACCGCCAACAUUCAGAUUGUUGAUGAAAAUGAUAACCUGCCAGUUUUUCUCCUCUCCCAAUACUUAGGCAACAUAAGUGAAGCUGCUCCUGUAAACAGUAUAGUCCGGAGUUCAGCCAACAACCCACUGGUGAUACGAGCCACAGAUGCCGACAGUAAUCAGAAUGCUUUGCUGGUCUAUCAGAUUGUUGAAUCCACUGCUAAGAAGUACUUCACUGUAGAUUCCAGCACUGGCGCGAUCAGAACAAUCGCAAAUUUAGACCAUGAAACCAUAGCCCACUUCCAUUUCCAUGUGCAUGUUAGGGAUAGCGGAAAUCCACAGCUCACAGCGGAGAGUCCGGUCGAAGUUACUAUUGAAGUAACUGACAUCAAUGACAAUCCUCCAGUCUUCAGUCAGGCUGUGUUUGAGACAGUCUUGCUUCUUCCCUCUUACGUUGGUGUAGAGGUUCUUAAAGUUAAGGCUACAGACCCAGAUUCAGAGGUUCCACCUGAACUAACAUACAGUCUGAUUGAAGGCAAUGUGGACCAUUUUUUGAUUGAUUCAAGUACUGGGGUACUCACCAUAAAAAAUAAUACUCUUUCCAAAGAUCAUUAUAUGCUCAUAGUAAGAGUGUCUGAUGGGAAAUUUUACAGCACUGCUAUGGUGACCAUAAUGGUAAAAGAAGCCAUGGAUAGUGGGCUCCAUUUUAUGCAAAGUUUUUAUUCCACUUCUAUUUCGGAGAACAGCACUAAUAUCACAAAGAUAGCUGUGGUGAAUGCUGUUGGAAACCGUCUCAAUGAGCCCUUGAAGUAUGGUAUAUUAAACCCAGGGAACAAGUUCAAGAUCAAAUCCACCUCGGGAGUCAUUGAAACAACGGGCAUCCCCUUUGACAGAGAAAAACAAGAGCUAUAUGAGUUGGUCGUUGAGGCAAGUCGUGAACUAGAUCAUCUCCGUGUGGCCAGGGUGGUUGUCAGAGUUAACAUUGAGGACAUCAAUGACAAUGCUCCGGUGUUUGUAGGGUUGCCUUACUAUGCUGCUGUACAAGUUGAUGCUGAGCCUGGUACCCUAAUAUAUCGAGUGACAGCCAUUGAUAAAGAUAAGGGUGCAAAUGGUGAAGUCUCCUAUCUGCUGAAAGAAGACUAUGGGCAUUUUGAAAUUGACAGACAAACUGGUAGUGUCACUUUAAGAGAAGCCUUCAACUCUGACUUAUCUAAUAUAGAGUAUUUAGUUAUCAUCCUUGCAAAAGAUGGUGGUAAUCCAUCAUUGUCUGCUUCAGUAGAACUGCCUAUUACUAUAGUUAAUAAAGCAAUGCCUGUAUUUGACAAGCCCUUCUAUACAGCUUCUGUAAAUGAAGACAUAGAAAUGCACACCCCAGUUCUUAGCAUAAAUGCAACCAGCCCAGAGGGCCAGGGUAUCAUUUAUAUCAUCGUUGAUGGAGAUCCCUACAACCAGUUUAACAUUGACUUUGAUACCGGCGUUCUGAGUGUCAUCAGCCCAUUGGAUUAUGAAGUAAAUUCCGUUUUUAAGCUGAUAGUACGAGCCAGUGAUGCCCUCACUGGUGCUCGGGCUGAGGUCACUGUGGACUUAAUCAUUAAUGAUGUAAAUGAUAAUCCUCCCGUUUUCGAUCACUCGGCCUAUAAUGCCACCUUAUCCGAAGCAUCUUUGAUUGGGACUCCUGUGUUGCAGGUUGUUGCUACAGAUGCAGACUCUGAAAAUAACAAAAAUAUACAGUAUCAGAUUGUCCAGGACUCCUUUAACAGCACUGAUUAUUUUCACAUAGAUAGCACAAGUGGCCUAAUCCUGACAGCCCGUAUGUUGGAUCAUGAACUAUUACAGCAGUGCAGCUUAAAAGUCAGAGCAGCUGAUAAUGGAUUCCCACCACUGAGCAGUGAAGUUCUUGUUAGUAUUUAUGUGACAGAUAUGAAUGACAACCCUCCAGUUUUUAACCAGUUAAUAUAUGAAUCUUACGUGAGUGAACUGGCCCCUCGGGGUCAUUUUGUGACUUGUGUCCAAGCUUCUGAUGCUGACAGCUCUGAUUUUGACAGACUGGAGUACGGUAUCUUGUCUGGAAAUGAUCGGACCAGCUUUCUAAUGGACAGCAAGAGUGGCAUUAUAACUCUGUCUAACCAUCGGAAACAGAGGAUGGAGCCAAUGUAUAGCUUAAAUGUCUCUGUCUCGGAUGGAUUGUUCACCAGCACAGCUCAGGUGCAUAUCCGCAUCCUUGGUGCUAACCUCUAUAGCCCCAUGUUUUCACAGAGUAUUUAUGUGGCAGAGGUUAGAGAAAAUGCUGCCCCUGGAACUAAGGUAAUUCAUGUAAAAGCGACAGAUGGAGAUUCUGGUAUAUAUGGCCAAAUAAACUACUCUAUAAUAAAUGAUUUUGCCAGGGACCGAUUCUUAAUUGAUAACAAUGGACAGAUCCUAACAACUGAGAAAAUGGACCGAGAGAACCCUUUGGAAGGGGAUAUCAAUAUAUUUUUGAGGGCCCUGGAUGGAGGUGGGAGAAUGACUUUCUGCACCGUGAGAGUGAUUGUAGUGGAUGAGAAUGACAAUACUCCCCAGUUUUUGACAAUAGAAUACAGAGCAAGUGUCAAAGCAGAUGUUGGAAAAGGUCAUUUGGUCACCCAAGUGCAGGCAUUAGAUCCAGAUGAUGGAACCAAUUCAAGGAUCACUUAUUCAUUGUAUAGUGAAGCCUCCGUUUCAGUGGCAGAUCUGCUUGAAAUUGAUCCUGACAAUGGAUGGAUGGUCACCAAAGGUAACUUUAACCAGCUGAAAAACACAGUUCUGUCGUUCUUCGUCAAAGCAGUUGAUGGUGGCAUUCCCAUGAAGCAUUCCCUUAUUCCUGUCUAUAUCCAUGUUUUACCUCCAGAAGCUGUUUUACCUUCCUUUUCCCAACCCCAAUAUUCUUUUACAGUACCAGAAGACACUCUCAUAGGAAGCACCCUUGACAUUUUGCAUGUUUUGCCAAGCCAGGGUGCUGUGUAUAGCAUUGUUAAUGGUGAAUUAGCUGAAAAUAACAAGGAAGGGAUUUUCAUCAUAGACCAAGACACUGGAAUCAUAAAGCUAGAUAAGAGACUUGACCAUGAGACAAAUCCUGCUUUUCACUUUAAAGUUGCAGCCACCAUACAGCUAGACAAAGUGGACAUUGUAUUAACUGUGGAUGUGGAGGUUAAAGUGUUGGAUGUAAAUGACAACAAGCCUGUGUUUGAAGCUGCCAACUAUGAAACUGUAAUAAUGGAAGGGAUGCCAAUAGGGAUUAAUCUUAUCCAGGUUAAAGCAACUGAUGCAGACUGGGGUGCAAAUGGGCAAGUCACAUAUACUCUUUCAGCGGAAUCUGAGCUGGACAAGAUCAUGGAAGCCUUCACAAUCGAUAGCAACAGUGGGUGGAUCAGCACAUUGAAGGACCUAGAUCAUGAAAAGAAUCCCACUUUUACUUUUGCAGUGGUGGCUUCAGAUCUGGGAGAAGCUUUCUCCUUUUCAUCCACCACCUUGGUCUCCGUCACUGUGACAGACAUAAACGACAACACACCAGUCUUUGAACACGAGGUGUACAAAGGAUCUGUAAAAGAGAGUGACCCUCCCGGUGAAGUUGUGGCAGUUCUCAGCACAUGGGACGAAGACACAUCUGAAGUCAACCGGCAGGUUAGCUACCAUAUCACAGGAGGGAAUCCCAAAGGGAAGUUCGCCUUGGGACUGGUUCAGAAUGAAUGGAAGGUUUACGUGAAGAGACCACUAGAUAGGGAAGAACAAGACAUUUAUUUUCUGAACAUCACUGCUACCGAUGGCCUCUUUGUAACGCAAGCUGCCGUGGAAGUGACGGUCACUGAUGUUAAUGAUAAUAGUCCUGUCUGUGAUCAGUUGGCAUACACAGCAUUAUUUCCUGAAGACAUUCCAUCAAACAAAGUCAUCCUUAAGAUCAGCGCCCUGGAUGCAGACAUCGGAUCCAAUGGUGAAAUUCGCUAUUCGCUGUUUGGGCCUGGGAACAAUAAAUUUUUUUUAGAUCCAGAAAGCGGUGAGUUGAAAACCUCGGCCCUUUUAGACAGAGAGAAAAUCCCUAUGUACAACUUGAUUGCCAGGGCAACAGAUGGCGGUGGCAGGUUCUGCCAGUCAGAAAUCCACCUUUUUCUGGAAGAUGUCAAUGAUAAUCCACCAGUGUUUUCUACUGAUCAUUACACCGCAUGUGUCUAUGAGAAUACAGCCACUAAAGCUUUGUUAACAAGAGUCCAGGCCACGGAUCCUGAUGUAGGUGUGAAUAGAAAGGUGGUCUAUUCCUUAGCGGACUCCGCAGAUGGUUACUUCUCUGUGGAUAGGUCAUCAGGGAUCAUUAUUUUGGAGCAUCCACUUGAUAGAGAGCUGCAGCCUUCCUAUAACAUCAGCGUAAAAGCAUCAGACCAGAGCAUUGUGUUGUCCCUGUCUUCAUUUGCCACAGUUACCAUUACAGUGCUGGAUAUUAAUGACAACCCUCCUGUGUUUGAGAGAAGAGACUACCUUGUUACAGUGCCUGAAGAUACAUCACCUGGCACCAAAAUACUGGCUGUUUUCGCAACAAGUAAAGACAUUGGUACCAAUGCAGAGAUUACCUACCUCAUCAGGUCUGGAAAUGAAAAAGGGAAAUUCAGGAUCAACUCAAAGACGGGAUCCAUUUCUGUAACUGAAGCUCUGGACUAUGAAAUGUGUAAAGACUUUUACCUAAGAGUGGAAGCAAAAGAUGGAGGUACGCCAGCCCUAAGUGCUGUUACUACAGUGAACAUAAAUGUAACGGAUGUUAAUGACAAUGCACCAAAAUUUAAUCAAGAGGCCUAUAGUGCAGUUAUCAGUGAGGAUGCUUCCGUUGGUGAUUCCGUGAUCAUGUUGAUAGCAGAAGACCAGGAUAGUCCUGCCAAUGGCCAGAUUCAUUUUUCCAUAGUGAAUGGUGAUCGGGACAAUGAAUUUUCAGUUGAUCCUGUUUUGGGACUUAUAAAGGUUAAAAAGAAAUUGGACAGAGAAAGGGUGUCUGGAUAUUCACUAGUUAUUCAGGCAAGAGACAGUGGCAUCCCUCCUAUGUCAUCAUCUGUAACGGUCAACAUAGACAUUUCUGAUGUGAACGAUAAUAGCCCUAUAUUUACACCAGCCAACUAUACAGCUGUAAUUCAAGAGAAUAAGCCAGUGGGCACAAGCAUUUUGCAGCUGGUAGUGACAGACAACGAUUCUUUUCACAACGGCCCCCCGUUUACGUUUACCAUUCUGACUGGCAAUGAAGAGGAGGAAUUUAUGUUGGACCCACAUGGAGUUUUGAGAUCUGCAGUUAUCUUCAAGCACAUGGUAGCAACUGAAUAUAUGCUCUGUGUGCAGGCUAAAGAUUCUGGGAAGCCCCAACAGGUAUCCCACAGUUACAUCCAAGUGCGGGUUAUUGAAGAAAGCAUUCACAAACCAACAGCCAUUCCACUGGAGAUUUUUAUAGUCACCAUGGAAGAUGACUUUCCAGGGGGUGUCAUUGGAAAGAUUCAUGCCACAGAUCAAGAUGUGUAUGACGUUCUCACUUAUACCCUGAAGUCAGAGCAGAAAAGUCUGUUCAAGGUUAACAGCCACGAUGGCAAGAUCAUUGCCCUGGGAGGGCUAGAUAACGGCAAGUACACGCUAAACGUGUCAGUUAGCGAUGGCCGGUUCCAAGUGCCCAUCGAUGUUAUAGUCCACAUGGAACAGCUGAUACAAGAAAUGCUGCAGAACACGGUCACCAUCCGAUUUGAGAACGUUUCCCCUGAAGAUUUUGUGGGGAUCCACAUGCAUGGGUUCAGGCGCACCUUGCGAAAUGCUGUGCUCUCGAAGAAACAAGAUAGCCUGCACAUUAUCAGCAUUCAGCCUGUGGCAGGCACCAAUCAGCUUGACAUGCUGUUUGCAGUUCAGAUGCACAACAGUGGAUUUUAUAAGCCUGCUUAUUUGAUUCAGAAGCUUACCAAUGCAAGGAGACACUUAGAAAAUGUGAUUCACAUCUCAGCUAUCUUGGAGAAGAAUUGUUCUGGACUGGAUUGUCAGGAGCAGCACUGUGAACAAAGCCUGUCUAUUGAUUCCCAUUCCCUGAUGACCUAUAGCACAGCGCGAAUUAGUUUUGUAUGUCCCCGUUUCUACAGAAAUGUACGCUGCACAUGUAAUGGAGGGCUGUGUCCUGGGUCCAGCGAUCCCUGUAUGGAGAAGCCAUGUCCAGGGGACAUGCAGUGUGUGGGGUACGAAGCUAGUCGAAGGCCAUUCAUCUGCCAGUGCCCACCAGGGAAGCUUGGAGAAUGUUCAGGGCACACUUCCCUUAGCUUUGCUGGGAAUAGUUACAUCAAAUACCGGGUUUCUGAAAAUAGCAAGAGAGAAGAAUUCAAGCUGGCUCUGCGUCUGCGAACAUUGCAAAGCAAUGGGAUUAUAAUGUACACCAGAGCAAAUCCCUGUAUAAUUCUGAAGAUUGUGGAUGGCAAACUGUGGUUCCAGUUGGACUGUGGAAGUGGCCCGGGAAUCCUGGGAAUUUCUGGCAGGACUGUUAAUGAUGGGAACUGGCACUCGGUCUUCCUGGAGCUCAAUCGGAAUUUCACAAGCUUGUCACUUGAUGACAGUUAUGUUGAGCGGCGCAAAGCCCCCCUCUACUUUCAGACUCUGAGUACGGAUAGCUCUGUCUACUUUGGAGCCCAGGUGCAAGUGGAUAAUGUCCGGAGCCUGACUGACAAGAGGACAACCCAGGUCCUAAGUGGUUUUCAGGGCUGCCUGGAUUCUGUUAUCCUGAAUAACAACGAACUGCCGCUCCAAAACAAGCGCAGCAGCUUUGCAGAAGUGGUUGGCCUGACUGAAUUAAAGCUUGGCUGCGUUCUGUACCCUGAUGCAUGUGAGAGGAAUCCUUGCCAGAACGGAGGGAGCUGUACUAGUUUGCCAUCUGGUGGUUAUCAGUGUAGUUGCCUCUCUCAAUUCACAGGAAGAAAUUGUGAAUCGGAGAUCACAGUGUGCUUUCCAAAUCCGUGUCGGAACGGAGGGUCAUGUGACCCGAUAGGCAAUGCCUUCAUCUGCAAUUGCAAAAAUGGACUGACAGGAGUAACGUGUGAAGAUGAUGUCAACGAAUGUGAAAGAGAGGAAUGUGAAAAUGGCGGCUCCUGCAUCAAUGUAUUUGGCUCAUUUCUGUGUAACUGCACUCCUGGAUAUGUGGGCCAGUAUUGUGGCCUUCGGCCUGUGGUGGUACCCAACAUACAAGCUGGACAUUCCUACGUUGGCAAAGAAGAGCUAAUAGGAAUAGCAGUCGUUCUUUUUGUCAUCUUUGUGUUGAUCAUCUUGUUUAUAGUUUUUCGCAAGAAAGUGUUCAGGAAAAAUUACUCACGCAACAAUAUCACCCUGGUCCAGGACCCGGCUACUGCUGCUCUGCUCAACAAGAGCAACGGGAUCCAGUUCAAGAACCUAAGGAAUACUGGGGACAGUCGCAAUAUCUACCAAGAGGUAGGGCCACCGCAAGUCCCUGUGAGGCCCAUGGCCUACACCCCUUGCUUCCAGAGUGACUCGCGAAACAAUUUAGACAAGAUAGUGGAUGGACUUGGAGUUGAGCAUCAGGAGAUGACAACAUUUCAUCCAGAGUCUCCUCGGAUACUGACAGCAAGGCGGGGUGUGGUGGUGUGCAGCGUGGCUCCCAACCUGCCAGCCAUGUCUCCCUGUCGAUCCGACUGUGACUCCAUCAGGAAGAGUACCUGGGAUGGUGGUACUGAAAGUAAAGAGGUUGAUGACACUGAAGAGGUCACCUGUUUUGCAGGAAGUAAUAAAGGCAGCAACUCUGAAGUUCAGUCCCUCAGCUCUUUCCAGUCAGACUCGGGUGAUGAUAAUGCUUCCAUAGUGACUGUCAUACAGCUUGUCAACAAUGUAGUUGACACUAUAGAAAAUGAAGUGUCUGUUAUGGAUGAAGGACAGAACUACAACAGAGCUUAUCAUUGGGACACCUCUGACUGGAUGCCAAGCGCUCGUUUGUCUGAUAUUGAGGAAGUGCCCAAUUAUGAAACAGCAGAUGGAGGCUCGGUGCAUCAUGGAAGUAACAGGGAGCUGGAAACUGAUUACUACCUUGGUGGCUAUGACAUUGACAGCGACUAUCCUCCUCCUCACGAAGAGGAAUUUUUAAGUCAGGACCAGUUACCGCCACCUCUACCCGAGGAUUAUCCAGACCAAUAUGAAACCCUUCCACCAUCACAGCCAGUCUCAAUGGCUAGCACACUCAGCCCAGAUUGCAGACGGCGGCCACAGUUUCACCCUAGCCAAUACCUCCCUCCUCAUCAGUUUCCCAAUGAGAUGGACGCUGCUGGGUCUCAGACUGUGAAUGAAUUUAGUACUUUUGCUGUUGUCCCAGGCCAAAGCGUGGAAAAUGUUAGUGCAGGUAAGAUGCCCUUAUCCUUACACAACUCUCUGGAUGCCUCCUCAUCUGACAUCUCAGCUAGCUGCGGCUUUGACGAUUCCGAGGUAGCCAUGAGUGACUUUGAAAGUGUGGAGGAGCUCAUCCUAGAUAACAGUCACAUUCCAUUUGUGGAGACCCAGCAUCAGACACAAGUGUAAAGGAGACUUUUUCUUUUUUUUUUGGUGGUCAUUUGGUCCAAUUAACAGUAUAAAUACUGAGAAGACAUUUUGGUAAAGAUAUAUCUAUGUAUAUUGGGCAAGGCAGAAAUCCAGUAUAACCUAUUAACUUGUUCAAAAAUGAUACUGUAUGUGCAGACACAAAGAGACCAGUUAUGUUAAGCUGUAUGCCACAAAAUUGUUACAGACAAUCUGGAGAGUAUGUACCAUCUAUUUAUUACCAAGAGUACACUCGCAGAGUUUCUGAGGUGGGAAACAAUUUCACCUUUUAAGUUCCCUUUCUUCACCUACUAUUUUAUUUGGUAUUGUAUUAUUAAAAGUGUUACAAUCUCUCCCUGCAGUAUUAACAAACGGGAGGAUGAUUCCAAGAGGCACUGUUGCAUGAAAUUUUAGGUCAGCUAAAGAAUUUGAUCAUAUGUAAAACAAUUUCAUUGGUUUAUUUAAAAAGCAUUUCAAAGUCAACUUAUCGACAUGGAUAUCUGUCCAUAAAUAACUAUUUAUUUAUGGUUUUGUUUAUAUAUCACAUCUAAUUCUAGCUUGUGUGCAUCAAGUAAGACAAAUAUAUACAUUAUAUAUUAUACACCAAACUAGACUAGGUUGGUUGCCAUUAUUCAAACUUACUUUCAGAUGUUUGUGUAUACAUUGAAUUAUGAGACUUUCCAAAUAUUGCGACAUUUAACCCAUGCGAGUAUGACUCACUAAUGGCCAAAUUCUGCCCUUAGAUACCCAUAUGUAACUCCCAAUGACUUGUGUACAGAAUGUGAACACGUAUCUGAGAACAGAACUGAACCUGAACUACCACAUUUUGCUGCUUUUAUUUUAGGCUUCCUUGCAGUUUUUUAACAGCAAUCAUAAUGCUGUCAUAUUCCAGUUAAAUUAGUUUUUAUUAAUUUGCAUACGCAUUCUGCUAUAAUCUUAAAUUGCUAGAUCAACUACAGUUUAAAAAAGGCCUGCCCUUGAGUUUGUGGAACAAAUCCUCCGCUGGUGUAGAUUGAGGUAGUCAAUGGAGGUAUUUUUGUUUACAUCAACAUCAGCUGAGUACCUGGCCCUGUAUUCCCUCAGAACUCCCAAAUAGUAUUCACAGAGUUAAAAGCACUUUUGUAUAAUACUGUAAAAUGCAAAAACAACACAUCAGGUUAAUUUUGGCAUUUCACAUUAAUCAUCCGGAGCAGGUUAAAUGCAAUAUGGAAAUCUUUUUUUUCCACUCAAUUGCAGUAAAAAUAUAUAUGUGCCCUUUACUCAAUGCUGUGAAAAUGUGUUUACUACAGUUACGAGUAGUUCUGCAGCUUUAUAUAUCUCUGUAGCUGUAUGUUGUAUAUCGAAUAGAAGGAAGUCUUCACUUUGCAUUCAUGUUUUAUUAUCCACAUCCUUCCCUGGCAGAACUCAGUUGUUCUGAAAGUUUGUUGAACAGAUAGAAGUUAUAGAUGAAUGGAUGCUCCAACAGCAUCCAUGCUGCUGCCUUAUCCUGUUUCUUGGUCAAAUAAGCUAACUGGAUCAUUUUUGAGAUUCUUGACUGAACUGAAUUUUACCCAUUCAGUUGUCAUAAGUCAGUCUUAUUUCUUAUCAUACUGCUGGUGAUUAUUCACAAGUUUUCCCAAAAGAAAAUAGGUUAUUGAGAAUGUUACUUAAAUAGUUGUGUAGCUUGUGACACUUUUAAUAAAACAUGAUCUCUAAAAUUUGCAGUGUAAACCUGAUAUUUCAGUGCUUCCCUCGGUAUAUUUUAUAUCAGUAGAAGAUAUAACAAUUCUUCAUUAAAAAACAAUCCAGUUACAGUAUGUAGAGGUACAUAAAUAAAUAAAGUGGAAUUUAGGCAAGAGAAUGUACUGCACCUACAAGUAUUAUGAAGUACUUGCCUGCAUAUAGUUCCUGUUCAUUGAAUUUAUGACUGUCACUUGGUCUCCUCAAAGUAGACGUGCUUCUGUAAGAGUGGUAUGUUCUAAAUGUGUUCAUGGUACAUUUUGAUCCCCUUUCCCUCCCACUCUCCCACCAU